AUGACCAGCAAGUCUGCCGGGCUCUCCGCAGCCGAACCGAUAUUUCCACAAAUUCCACGUGUCGCCCUAGUCCCGCAAGACGAUGCCUCGUCCCCAUUGUCAAGUCUGGAGUUGCAUUCCAUUGAACCGAUAGGGGCCAAUACGCCGCAUAGUAGGCGCACAAGGCAUGCCGGGUCAACAAAACCCUCCGAAGUCGACGAGAUGUUCAACGUCGUGCAGUCAGCAGCAGCAGAGAACUAUGGAGCUCAAGACACAAAUAGGAAAACAGCCUCGAUACACCCGCGCAGGAACACGAUCUGGCGACUAGCUAGCGCGUGCCUGAUGAACUUUGGCAACGGAAUGAACGACAGUGCACCCGGUGCCCUAAUCCCUUAUAUUGAGGAUGAUUACGGGAUUGGCUACGCCAUCAUCUCACUGAUCUUCAUCGCCAACGCCGUCGGAUUCGUUCUUGCCGCGCCCCUUACUCACACAAUCCAAGCCCGAAUCGGCCACGCCAAAAGCUAUGCUCUCUCGAUGAGUCUCGUCACAGCGGGCUACGUUGCCAUCGUAUGCCACCCGCCCUUUCCGGUCGUUGUCACGGCGUUUCUCCUCCUCGGCUUCGGGAUGGCGUUAAGCAUCGCGCUUAACAAUGUCUUCUGCGCAAACCUAAACAGCUAUGCCACAGCACUGGGCUUUUUCUCCGGUGCGUAUGGCAUCGGUGGGGUGAUCUCCCCACUAUUGGCCACGGCCAUGGUGUCACACGGCAUCCGCUGGACAUACUUCUACUUCAUCACACUGGUGAUUUCGACGUUGAAUAUGUUGCUUGCGGCUGUCGUCUUUCGCAAUUAUAAGGACGAAGGUGCCGCUUCGAGGGCGCCCACUCAGCAAACAUCCCCCUCCCUUGCUUCUCAGACGGCCCAGCCAAACGAGAAUGAUUCCCAUAACUCCCACACUCGCCUCCAAACCCUGAAACGAGCCAUCCGGAAUCUCACAACGAUCCUAGGAUCACUCUUUAUCUUCGCAUACCAAGGAGCCGAAGUCUCUAUUUCCGGCUGGAUCGUCUCAUUCCUCAUCAACUACCGAGGAGGUGAUUCGCGACGUGUCGGCUACGUGAGCGCUGGCUUCUGGGCCGGAAUUACCCUCGGGCGCUUCCUCCUUGUAUACCCGGCAAACCGAAUUGGUGAGGAGCUUGCCGUAGGACUGCUGGUUGUCGGAGCGAUAGCGUUCCAGCUCAUGACUUGGCUGAUCCCCAACAUUGUCGGCGAAGCGGUGGCGGUGGCGGUCGUGGGCUUGCUGCUAGGGCCCAUGUAUCCAUGCUCGACGGCCGUGUUUGCGAAACUACUACCCCGGAGCAUUCAGCUGACUAGCAUGAGCUUCAUCACUGCGCUGGGAAGUAGCGGGGGUGCAGUAUUUCCCUUUCUGACGGGUAUUCUGUCACAAGAGGUGGGAACGAUAGUCCUGCAUCCAAUUUGUUUGGCGCUCUAUGCAGCGAUGGUUGUUUGUUGGUGCUUUUUGCCUGCGAUUUCGAAGAGAUCGGAGUAG